AUGCACCUCACCGGACCAUCGCUCAUCGCCGUCGCCACUGGCAUAGUAGGCUCAGCCUGGGCCUCUGGCGCCAUCGCCUCGGCCACCUUUCUCGGCGUCUCGGCCGCGCUCGACGUGCCCGAGACGACGGCGCGCUCGUGGCGGGAGCUGUAUCGCCGGGGCGCCAACCUAAUGCCCAAGGUCGCCGCCGUCGUCACGCUGGCCUAUGGCUACGCGGCCUACGAUGCGCGCCGCGCCGGCGGCGUCUGGGGCGGGUACGCCGCCGCCGCUGCCUUUGUCGUUAGCAUCGUGCCGUUUACCGUCGUCGUGAUGCGCUACACCAACACCUGCCUGCACAAGCUCGCCGAGGGCCGCGACGAGGCCAAGGCGUGGAACCUGCGCGAGCUGCUGCAGCGCUGGAAUCUGCUCAACCUAACCCGCAGCUGUCUGUGCCUCAUCUCUAGCGUGCUCGGCAUGGUCACAAUGGUGCAGAAUAUCAGCUAG